AAGCAGUGACCUUAUGCAAUUUUGUUGUGGAAAUAUGAAAGUCGUCUAGUUUACUACUUUAAUUACACUUGGCACAAGAUGAACGCAAUCGUGCACAGACGUUUCACUCUUUCCAUCGCAUCGCUGCUUCAACGUCGAUUGUUGUCAAAUACGGCACCAAUUGUAGCCGACGCAAAUUCCGUGCAGCUAAGCAAUACCUGCAUCAGUCGCUUAAAGGAGAUAUGCAAAAACAGUUCCUUCCUCCGAGUCGCGGUAGAAGGCGGAGGUUGUUCGGGCUUUCAGUACAAAUUUUCCGUCGAAAAACAACUUGGUGACGACGAUGUUGUCGUGAGCCGCGACGGUGUGCAAGUGGCAAUAGAUAGUGCAUCGAUCGAGUAUCUAAGCGGUGCCACCAUUGACUAUCACACGGAAUUGAUACGUUCCGGGUUUCGUGUUAUUAACAAUCCAAAGGCAGAUCAAGGCUGCUCGUGUGGCGCUUCUUUCACAGUGAAAUUGGACUAGAUCGGAAUAAUGGUGUAA